AGUGACUGCCGCCACCAUGGCGGACGGGGCACCCCGGCCCCCGCUGUAUCGCAGCGUCUCGUUUAAACUGCUGGAGCGCUGGAGCGGCGGGCCCGGGCCGAGGGAGGAGGCCGCGGACACCCCCGGGCUGCGGCGCCGAGCUUCGUGCCGGCCAGCCGCGGCAACCCCGGGCCAGCCCUCCCGGCGCGUGUCCAAGCUGGCGUCGGGGCCCCCGGCCGCCCCCGCGCAGCCGCGCCCGCUCCGCAGCCUCUCGCCGUCCGUGCGCCAGCUCUCCCGGCGCUUCGCCGCGGCGCGUCUGGAGGACGACCCCGCCGGUGCCCGCGACGGCCGCUGCUCCCCCGGCUCCACGGAAGAAGCCACGGAGGGCGCCGAGCGCGGUGCCUGGCCCAGCGUCACCGAGAUGCGCAAACUCUUCGGCGGCCCGAGCUCCCGGCGACCCAGCGUGGACUCGGAGGCCCCGGGGACGACCAGCCCCGACGGGGCCUCGUGGGAGCCCCCGCUUCGCGAGCCCCGGCAGCCUCCGACGCCACCUCCGCGAACGUGCUUCCCGCUGGCCGGCCUGCGUUCGGCGCGGCCGCUGUCCGGGCCGGGGACCGAGGGGAGGCGGCGUCGGCAGCACCAGCAACAGGAGCGGGCGCAGCGUCCGGCGGAUGGUUUACAUUCUUGGCAUAGCUUCUCCCAACCGCAGGCAGGGGCCCGGGCCUCCUCCUCCUCCUCCUCCGUUGCCUCCUCCUAUCCUGUCAGCCGGGCUCCUAGUUCCAGCGAGGAGGAAGAGGAGGGACCGCAGCCGCAACUUGGGCCUCAGAGUCCGGCCUACCUCGGCGGCCACUCUUCCGGCAGUGACGAGGACCCAGACGGUGAGGAUGGCCGUCGGUGGCGAGGGAGAGGGCUCAGGCCCGAAAGCUCUCCGCUGGUUCACGGCUGCAGCCAGGACAGUGACGAGCUAAAUCCGGGGACCUCGGGAUCAGCAGGGGGUGUCAGGAGCCCCGAACCUCCCAUGUCUCCAAGAACCUCAAUGGAGGAGGGUCUCCGAGAGCUGGGUACUGGCCCCCAGGAGAUCUUAAGGCCUAUGUCCGACACUGGGGGGGCACCUUUCCGGGUGGCCAAGGUGAGCUUUCCCGCCUACCUGGCCAGCCCGGGUGGCUCGCGAGGUAGUAGCCGCUAUUCCAGCACUGAGACCCUCAAGGAUGACGAUGUGUGGUCCAGCCGCAGUUCUGUGAGCUGGGGUGUAUAUCGCUCCCCAAGUUUCGGAACCGGAGAUGGGCUCCUUCUGCGGCCCCAGACUAGGUCCCGCGCUAAGGGACCUGUAGGCACCACUAGGCCGCCGAGGGACGGAGGGUUGGAGCUAGACAGGAACCGACAGCGAAAGUCCCUGUCGAACCCAGACAUCGCUUCCGAGACUCUGACGCUGCUCAGUUUCCUGCGCUCAGACCUUUCUGAGCUGAGGGUCCGAAAGCCCAGCGGGGGCCCAGGGAACAGCCCCCUAGAUGGCAGAGAUUCACCGUCAGCAGGUAGCCCGAUGGAACAACCUGAGUCCAUUCUGUCCCAAAGUCCAGCAUCACCCACCACCCGACCCACCCUCAAGGACCUGACGGCUACCCUGCGCAGGGCAAAGUCAUUCAGCUGCUCGGAGAAGCCCAUGGCCCGGCGCCUGCUCCGCACCAGUGCCUUGAAACCCAGCUCCUCUGAGCUGCUCCUGGCAGGCUCCGGCACAGAGGACGAUCCAUUGCCACUCGUGGUCCAGGAUCAGUAUGUGCAGGAAGCCCGUCAGGUUUUUGAAAAGAUACAGCGUAUGGGUGCACAGCAGGACGAUGGCAGUGAAGUCCGGCCUGGAAGCCCCGACUGGGCCGGGGACGUGACCCAGGGGCAGCGGGCUCAGGAGGAGCUCUCUGGGCCUGAGUCCAGCCUGACAGAUGAGGGCAUUGGGGCAGACCCGGAGCCUCUUGGUGCUGCCUUUUGCAGCCUAGAUCCUGGAGGGGUGUGGCGACCCCUUUCCUCAACCUCAGCUCAGACAAACCACCACCGAGGGGCCGGGACAGAAGACAGUCUGGGUGGGAGGGCCCUUGUGUGUCCGGAGACCCCUCCAACCCCAGGAGCCCUCCGCAGGAGACGCAAAGCCGCACCCUCGGGCCCUAGUGGAACUGAACUAAGCAACGGGGAGGCGAGUGAGGCCUACAGAUCCCUGAGUGACCCUAUUCCACAGCGCCAUCGGGCUGCCACCUCCGACGAGCCCUCCGGGUUCUCUGUGGACAGCAAUCUUCUGGGCUCGCUGAACUCUAAGACAGGGCUUCCGGGGACCCCAACUAUGGAUGAGGGCCUGACCAGCGGCCACAGUGACUGGUCUGUGGCUAGCGAAGAGAACAAGGACUACCAGGAAGUCAUUCAGAGUAUAGUUCAGGGGCCUGGUGCCUUGGGGCGUAUGGGAGAAGACAGGGUUGCCGGCAAGACCCCUAAGAAGAAAUCUCUGAGUGACCCUAGUCGCCGUGGGGAGCUGGCUGGGCCUGGAUUUGAGGGCCCGGGAGGGGAGCCCAUUCGAGAGGUCGAACCUGUGCUGCCUCCAUCCAACAGCGAACCUAUCCUUGCAGAACAGUGGGCAAAGCCAGAAGACCCUGUCCCUGCCAGGGGCAGGGCACAGUCCGAGAGGGCGCUGCCUGCCCCUCCUGCCUCCUCCACUGCCCGCCAUGACUUCCAUCUUGACCCCAAGCUGGCAGAUGUUCUCUCCCCUCGCCUCACCCGCAGAGGUUCCAAGAAGCGCCCGGCCCGGAGCAGUCACCAGGAGCUUGGGAGAGAGGAGGGCAGCCAGGACCAGGCUGGUAGCCUGACACAAGUCCGCUCUUCCUCCAAACAUGUCCGCCAUGCCAGUGUCCCUGCUACCUUCACACCUAUUGUGCUCGAGCCUGGGACGCCUGUGGAACCCCCUGUGACGGUGCCAGAGCCCGUGGGCUUCCCUGCCAGAGGCCAUCCCGCCCUACAGGCUCCGUCGCUUGAGGAUGUCACUAAGCAGUACAUGCUGACCCUUCACUCUGCUGACGCCCCUGCCUCAGGCCCUGUGGACCUACCCUGCUUGCCUCCCUCUGCACCACCCUCUGCUGAGACCAAGCCCACCGGGGCUGCCAAGGCCGCUCCAGAUGAGCCUGCCCCAGCGAGCAAGUGCUGUAGCAAGCCUCAAGUGGACAUGAGGAAGCACGUGACCAUGACCCUGCUGGACACAGAGCAGUCAUACGUGGAGUCCCUGCGCACCCUAAUGCAGGGCUACAUGCAGCCGCUGAAGCAGCCGGAGAACUCCUUGCUGUGUGACCCGUCUCUGGUGGACGAGGUCUUCGGCCAGAUCCCCGAGCUCCUGGAGCACCACGAGCAGUUCCUAGAGCAGGUGCGGCACUGCGUACAGACGUGGCACGCCCAGCAGAAGGUGGGGGCUCUGCUCGUCCAGUCGUUCUCCAAAGACGUCCUGGUGAACAUCUACUCGGCCUACAUCGAUAACUUCCUCAAUGCGAAGGAUGCUGUGCGCGUAGCCAAGGAGGCCAGGCCAGCCUUUCUCAAGUUCUUGGAGCAAAGCAUGCGUGAGAACAAGGAAAAGCAGGCGCUGUCUGACCUCAUGAUCAAGCCUGUGCAGAGAAUCCCACGCUAUGAGCUUCUGGUCAAGGACCUUCUGAAGCACACACCGGAAGACCAUCCAGACCACCCCCUCCUGCUGGACGCCCAGCGGAACAUCAAGCAGGUGGCCGAGCGCAUCAACAAGGGCGUGCGGAGCGCCGAGGAGGCGGAGCGGCAUGCGCGUGUGCUGCAGGAGAUCGAGGCCCACAUCGAGGGCAUGGAGGAUCUCCAGGCUCCCCUGCGGCGGUUCCUGAGGCAGGAGAUGGUUACUGAAGUGAAGGCAAUUGGAGGCAAGAAGGACCGAUCCCUCUUCCUGUUCACAGACCUAAUAGUCUGUACCACCCUGAAACGGAAGUCAGGCUCCCUCCGGCGCAGCUCCAUGAGCCUGUACACAGCCGCCAGCGUCAUCGAUACAGCCAGCAAGUACAAGCUGCUGUGGAAGCUGCCGCUGGAGGACACAGACAUCAUCAAAGGGGCGUCUCAAACCACCAAUCGGGAGAACAUCCAGAAGGCCAUCAGCCGCCUGGAUGAGGACCUGGCCACCCUGAGCCAAAUGAGCAAGCUUUCUGAGAGCCUCGGCUUCCCCCACCAGAGUCUGGACGACGCACUGAGGGAUCUCUCUGCCGCCAUGCACCGGGACCUGUCAGAAAAGCAGGCGCUGUGCUACUCUCUUGCCUUCCCACCCACCAAGCUGGAGCUGUGUGCCACCCGGCCCGAGGGCACCGACUCCUUCAUCUUCGAGUUUCCCCACCCCGAUGCGCGCCUGGGCUUUGAACAGGCCUUCGAUGAGGCCAAGAGGAAGCUGGCAUCCAGUAAAAGCUGUCUAGACCCCGAGUUCCUGAAGGCCAUCCCUAUCAUGAAAACCCGAAGCGGCAUGCAGUUUUCGUGCGCUGCCCCCACCCUCAGCAGCUGCCCAGAGCCAGCGCCGGAGGUGUGGGUGUGCAACAGUGACGGCUACGUGGGUCAGGUGUGCCUGCUGAGCCUGAGGGCCGAACCGGAUGUAGAGGCCUGUAUCGCCGUUUGCUCCGCCCGGAUUCUCUGUAUCGGAGCCGUGCCAGGCCUGCAGCCUCGAUGCCCGAGAGAGCAGUCAGAGCCCUCAAGGAGCCCGCGGGGGACCACCCUGGAGUCCACUGGGCCUGACCUGGAUGUCGAGGCCGCAGCUGAUGAGGAAGCAGCAACACUGGCGGAGCCAGGGCCUCAGCCUUGCCUGCACAUAUCCAUCUCAGGGUCUGGCCUGGAGAUGGAUCCAGGCCCCGCCAAGGGUGACCCCCAGCCCGAGCUGGUGCCCUUUGACAGUGACUCUGAUGAGGAAUCUUCACCCAGCCCCUCCGGGACACUACAGAGCCAAGCCAGCCAAUCUACCAUUUCCUCCAGCUUUGGCAAUGAGGAGACCCCAAGCUCCAAGGAGGCCACUGCAGAGACAACCAGUUCUGAGGAAGAGCAAGAGCCUGGCUUCCUGUCACUGUCUGGCUCCUUUGGGCCAGGUGGGCCCUGUGGCUCCAGCCCCAUGGACGGAAGAGCCCUUCGCCGCUCCAGCCGUGGCUCCUUCACAAGGGGCAGCCUUGAGGACCUGUUGAGCGUGGACCCCGAGGCCUACCAGAGUUCCGUGUGGCUGGGCACUGAGGAUGGCUGUGUCCACGUCUACCAGUCCUCCGACAGCAUCCGUGACCGCAGGAACAGCAUGAAGCUCCAGCACGCAGCCUCCGUGACCUGCAUCCUGUAUCUGAAUGACCAGGUGUUCGUGUCUUUGGCCAAUGGAGAGCUUGUAGUCUACCAAAGGGAAGCGGGGCGCUUCUGGGACCCCCAGAACUUCAAAUCCAUGACCCUGGGUGCUCAGGGGAGCCCCAUCACCAAGAUGGUGUCAGUGGGUGGACGGCUAUGGUGUGGCUGCCAGAACCGGGUCCUUGUCCUGAGCCCUGAAACACUGCAGCUGGAGCACACCUUCCACAUAGGGCAGGACUCCAGCCGGAGCGUGGCUUGCAUGGCGGACUCCAGCCUGGGUGUGUGGGUGACCUUGAAAGGUAGCGCCCAUGUUUGUCUCUACCACCCCGACACCUUUGAACAGCUGGCGGAGGUAGAUGUCACCCCUCCUGUGCACAGGAUGCUGGCAGGCUCCGACGCCAUCAUCCGGCAGCACAAGGCGGCCUGCCUGAGGAUCACCGCGCUGUUGGUUUGUGAGGAGCUCCUAUGGGUGGGCACCAGUGCUGGGGUGGUGCUGACCAUGUCCACCUCGCCAAGCACCGCCAGCUGCCCCCGGGCGCCUCUCAGCCCGGCCGGCCUGGGCCAGGGCCACACCGGCCACGUCCGCUUCCUGGCCGCAGUCCAGCUGCCCGACGGCUUCAGCCUUCUCUGUUCAACCCCACCGCCGCCCCCAGACACAGGCCCCGAGAAGCUGCCAUCCCUGGAUCACCGGGACUCCCCUCGGCACCGAGGCCCCGCCUCAGCCAGGCCAAAAAUGCUGGUCAUCAGCGGUGGUGACGGCUAUGAGGACUUCCGGCUCAGCGGCGGCGGCGGCGGCAGCAGUGAGACGGUCGGCCGGGACGACAGCACGAACCACCUGCUCCUGUGGAGGGUGUGAGCCUGCCCCGUGGCCCAGGACUCAGCUGUCGCUGCCCUCGGCUGCCCGCCUCUCCCGGGCCCCGUGCAGACCUUGAGCGGAGAGUGUCCAUGCAGGGGCCGCAGCUAGGCCGAGGCCUCCCUUACCCGCUGACUGCCCUAGUGCUCCCGUUCGGGACCAGGGUGAAGGUGUGGGGGCUGCCCAGGACCUCUGUCCCUGAAGCUUCGACCAAAGACACAGCAGGGCCUGGACCCCACUGGGCUGGACCCCACGUGCAAUAUGUGGAGGGUUCUCUGGGGCAGUGGGAAGGUGGAGGGACAGCAGCCUUUCCUGUGUACAGUAUUUAUGUUACUUUGUAGACGAAUACUUUCCAAAGCACUUAUUUAUGCAGUGACCUGGGGCAGGACGUGAUGUGAGUGAUGUGAGAAGUGACGGGAGGAUAGAAGCCUGUUCCUGCCUGAGAGGCCACCCUGGAAUCCCGGGUGUUCCGAGCUUUCCCGGAAGGACCAAUGCCCAUCCAUAAACACACACACACACACACACACACACAGGCACUCAACACGCUCACACGCAUAGUCAGGGCACUAAGGCGCUGUCCCUUAACAGACUCCAGCCCUCCCUGACGGGCCUGCCCAUCCUAAUCCAGAAGCAAACUUUGCUCAUGUGUCCUCAGACAAGAUGACUGGAAGACCAUGAUUCUCUCACUGAGGAGCUUCCCGGGAUUUAGCAUUUCCAAAGUGUUGGUGGUACCUGAGGUUCCUUUCUGUGGGAACAUUGGUGGGUCUGGGACAGGGCUCUCAGGUCAGUGACAAGGGCCCUCACUCCUCACAGCUGGCUCAAGCCCCAGCUCCUGCCUCCCCAUGUCUUAUGCACUGGCACAAUGGUCACCUUGGGGGUGGACCUAUGAGUCCCCUUUCUCUGACCACUGACUCCCUCUCUAAACACCCCACCCUGCCAGGGGCGGCCCCUUUCGGGAAGGACGCCCCUCCCCCUCCAGAGCUGAGGGGCGAGGCGUAGCCUUUUCAGCUGGGAAGGCUUCUACCUCUGGUAGUCUCUCCCUCACCGCCAGGCUCCAGGGAGCCACCCAACCCUCAGCCCCUUGCUUCAGCUACAACUCCAAAGGUCUGGUUUCAGAUAGGGUUUGUCUCUUCUGUUUGAUUUUGUUUUUCUUUGGGGUGGGUGGGUCAUUGAGGUCUUACAUUACAUUUCUCUUGCUACCAGUCAUGUAUUAACUCUCCUCAGAUGAUGAAAUUUAAAGAGUCAAUAAAUAGAAACACCAAAUGAUGGCUCCCCCCCCCUGGCCUUGGGCAUAAAGGCCUACUGCCAGCCACCUCAGGGCUCUGUCUCCCCAAGGAUGAGGGCUUUCUGACUGACUCAUUUGGGCUAAGGGAGGAGGUAGAGAAGGACGUUGGGGGUGAUGGGGUUGGCACUGACUUGCUGUGUUGUCAUGGGCAGGUUGCUGCGCCUGUCUGGGCUUCAGUCUUCUCGUUAGAAGAAGGAAGGAAUUUUGAAUGUUAGAAUUCCCUACAAAUCAUAUGCAUAUCAAUAGUGUAUCAGUCAAGUCAAGCCAGGCUAGGUUUAGGCUUGGAGGUCUGAGGCAGACACGCUGCAGGCAAGGAGCCAGGGCGGAAGAGUUCCUAAGGCUCCUACGGAGCAGAACUAGAGCCGAGCUCUGGCUGGUUCUGGUCCAGAGCGGUGUGCCAUUAAACUAGACUGCAGAGAAUGCAGAUGCCCAGCAACAUGGCACCACUUUGUAGGGACACCAUGGUAUCCCCACGGGACUCGAGGCGGCCCUCACAACAAAGGGCAGGUCUUAAAAUUCAGUUUAGUGGUUAAGAGCACUGACUGCUCUUCCAGAGGACCCGGGUUCAAUCCCCAGCAUCCUCAGCUCACAACCAUCUAACUCCCAACCCCAAGGGAUCAGAUGCCUUCUUCUGGCCUCCAGGGCCAGUGCAUGCACAUGGCCACAGACCUCCAUGCAGGCAAGGAAAAAAAAACACCCAUACACACAAAAUAAUAAAUUCUUAAUUUAAAAAAUCUGCUUCUGCACUGAAUAGGUAGUUCAGUUGCCGGACUGUAUGCUUGGCAUGCGGGAAUGCCAAGGCUGGGUGAUCUCGAAUUCAAAAUCAGCUUGCGCCAGGCAUGAUGGCAUAUGCCUAUAAUCCUAACACUUGGGAGUCAGUGGUUGGUUCAUCUCUGAGUUCAAAGCAAGCCUGGUCUACCUAGCAAGUUCUAGAUAAAGCCAGUGCUACAUGGACCACCACCACCACCCAUCUCCUGUUUGUAAACAAAGCAAAACCAACCACUUAGUCUCCAUGGCAAGACUUUGACACGCCCACGAAGGAAGGAAAGUGUGUGUGCUUUACAGACUCAUCCCUCAGGGGUCUGCUGGGUCUUCAGCACCAUGGGCCGAGUAGAGGACAUCUUGCUAGCAUGGCGUUUGUGAGGAGCCGGUUGUGUUCGUGUGGGGUCAGAUUGAGAUGGAAGGAACAGAGGCCUUGAACAGAUUCUGUUUGGGAUCUUGACUGACACUCACCAGCCAUGUGACCAGGUCGAGUUACUUCCUUCUCAGUAAAGGGGUCUGAUGAUCCCUUCUCCCUUUCAGGAUGGUUGGCUAGUAUGUACAGUUCUUGGAAUGCAAGGAGAUUCACUCUGGCCGUGAAAUCAAAAGGGUGCCUGCUAUUGGAGGCCUGAGCUGGGGCCCGGUGAUCUAGACGUUGAAGGCCCUCCUCAGGGCCUACCUCCCUGCCUCUAGUCCAGUUACUGCAUUUCUGGCAGUAGCUACCACUCUCAGCAGGUUAGCCAUUUUUGCUACCCCAGAAGUUCUGCUCCCUCCAGAAGCCCAAAGCAGACUUCAUUUUCAGCACCAGAUACACAGGGCAGGGUCUGUGCCAUCCUCCCAGUAGGCACUCCAGUGAGAGCAGGGAUGGCGCACUGCACUGCCACUUAGGAGACCACCUUCCAGGACAUGGGCUGUCCUGAGGCGAGGUGCCCAUUAGGGUCAGGUGCUUGGCCUGUGCCAUCGUGCUGUGAAUAAGGAGGCCUUGAGGGAAAGGGCCUCAGGAUCUCCCCUAGAGGAGGCCCCUAGAAGGAUUACCUGCUCUAAAACAUGGUUUACAGCCUGGGCUGUUCACUGUAGUUCUCUGGGCGCACAGGCCCACUGAAGGCCAGUUAAAGUGGAACCUUAGGUAGGACCCAGGUAUUAUUAGUAUUUUUGUAGGAAGCCACUGACGUAUAACAUUUGUAUGAGGAAGCAGACAAACUAGUGUAGGGCUCAGUGGACGAAUGGAAAAGCCAAGAGGCGUCUGCCGCCCUGUCAGUACACUCCUGGCCAUCCGGGCUUGAGACGCCACGGGGUGUGGUAUUCCCAGGCAGCAGAGAGAGAUGCCCUAAAGGGAAAUAGGACCAGAGUCUGGUGUGAAGAAGGAACACGCAAGGAGCGUGCAAGAGCCUGGUGUGGAGGGUCCGUUGCACUGACCAGGCAGAAUGAGGGGAAGGUGAGAGCCAGGGUGGAUGCUCUGGGCAGGGCUUGUUCUCUGCCUCACUCCCAGGCAUUGUGGGGCUCACACCGUAAGUGCUCAGUAGAUGUCGAAUUCAUGACUGAUGAAAUAAAUGUUGGAGAAUCCGCCUGAGAUACAGCCAUACGUUCUUUUGCUUUUUAAGACAGGGUCUGUAGCUGAGGAUGACCUUGAACUUCUGAUCCUCCUGCCUCUACCUCCUGAAUGCUGGGAUUAGAAGUGUGGGCUGCCACAACUGGUUUUUAUGCAAUGCUGGGAAUCAAACCCAGGCUGUUGCUCAUGCCAGGGCUACAUGCCUGAGCUGUAGGUCUUGCAAACAAGAGAACAAGUAAACUCAGCUUCCUUUUGCUGCUUGCUGAAAACCACAGCUGGGCUUCUCUGAGUUUUUAAGAUUUUAUUAUUAUUUUAUGCAGGAGCGCUCUAUCUGCAUGUACUCCUGGAUGCCAGAAGAGGGCAUCACAUUCCGGUAUAGAUGGUUGUGAGCCACUGUGUGAACUCGGGACCUCUGGAAGAACACAAUGCUCUUACCAGCUGAGCCAUCUCUCCAGCCCCUCCUCUGAUUCUUAGGAUGGUCCUGGAAGGUUGUUGCCACUACUUCCUUUUCUGAUGAGGUUCAGAGGCUCAGUGUCUUCCUCAAGUCACUCACCUAUUAUCAGAACUGGAUCCACAUGCUCAGGUCUUGAUACAUCGUGGGAGAGAGGGAGGUGGCCCACAGAGCCACCUGUGGUCACAUGGAGGGCUCGCAUUCAGACUGCUCUGAGAAGCAGCUCCUGUUGAUCCCAGAGGAGGGGGCGAGGCAGAGCCAAGGACUAUCCCUUCAAGGAGCAGCUUCUGCAGAUGCCUUGGGCUAGAGACAAAGGUCAGGAUUUAGCUAGACUGCCUCCAGGACUUAGUAGCGAUGACACAGAAAGGCAGGACUGACACUAGGGAAUAGACUCUAGGCACGAGGGUUUCUCAUGGUCAGAAAA